GCGGUCGCGAUGGAAAAGUACAGCCGCUGGUCCGACUUGACGACUGGCAUCAACCCGUUUGUGCCGCCGCCGCAUCAACUGCCGGCGAAUGCCAUCCUGCGAUGGACGCAAGUCUUCUUCGGAGGUAUUCUGGCGCUGCUUCGAUGGAUCUUGCUCUUUCCACUCGUGCUUGGGCUUGUGUUGCUCAGUGCCGUCCACACGAUACUCGAUCAUGUGCCGUUCCUUGGACGCGUCAUCCAUCGAGCGACAGACUGGAUUGUGCUAGGCUUGAUCCUUGUUGUCACGACGAUAUUCAUCAAGGACGAAGCGGCAAACGCCAGACGCUUGGGGCUGCUCACGCCAGGCACGAAACCACCUGCGCUGGGCGGCAUCAAGGCUGGGGAUGUCAUUGUGGCCAACCACUCGUCCGUGCUCGACAUUUUGUACUUUGGCUUUCGGUACUCGCCCGUGUUUGUGUUCCCGUGCGCGUCCGACGCUUCCAAGAACCUAGUGCAAACAUUCGGCUUGCUAGGAGCAUUUGCCCAGGCCAUGGCUCCUCCGCUGACUUCUCUCACCCGCCCAGUCAAGCUCCAAGACGUUCUUCGUCGCACGUCUAGUCCCGUCGUUGUCUUUCCAGAGGGCACUCGAAGCAACGGCAAAGCGGUGUUGACGUUUCUCCCUAUCUUGGACAGUUUACCACCCCCGACUCGCGUCCACCUUGUGGCGAUUCGGUACUACGAACUAGUACUCAUUCUAGCUAGCAUGCUGUGUACUUCGUGGUCCAUAUAUCGUCAUCGUCCUUCUUUGGGUAUUGUAGAUACGAAUCCAAAGCGAUUUCGCCAACCCAUACAUGCGGAUCGGCGGGGUGGCAUCUCUUUUGCCGCGUGCUUUCACAUGCGUACCACACUGUCAAAAUCACGACGCUGGCCUCGGAAUUCGUGCCCAAGGGGUCCACUUCCCAGCAAUUACAGGCGCUGCUGGCGUCGAUGCUGCGCACCAAGGCCGUGCACUUGACCUGCGCUGACUUUGCGUCUUUCAAUGCGUACUGGGCGCAUGUCAACGGCGGGGGACGGCAGCCGGCGUCGGCAUUUACGUCGCGGAAGGCACCGCACGAACAUGCGCAGUGGAAGACGUCCGACGACUAGAGGGGGGUAGUAGUCGUCGAUAUCAUCCGUUGUUGCCCAAGCAAGUACUGUAGAUCGACAACCACACGAGAGUUGAGGUCAAGAAACGUGGGGCGAUGGGACAUUGUAUUAAUGCAAUUUCAUUGCUAAUUCGUACGCGCUGAUGGCUAAUUCGGCGGCAAUCAAAAUAAUAAUAUACCAUUCCAUUCGCGUGCC